GUCUGCAAUCCUUGUGUCUUUGCCGAUAUGUAUUAAAAUGGCAUGAAGAGAUUGCUCAACCGUUCAUCCAUUUCUAGCACACUACAUUCACAAAUAUGCUACAAAUUAUCAGAAAUCUUUACCCUUUGUUUUUAUUUCCUAAUCUCCCACUUGACUGAUAUUGUUAUCCUUUUCAAGAAAGCAAAACCAAGAAACAGAAAAGGCUAAUUUAAAUUCGAACAGCCAUUGCCUUCACUUGUUGGGUGACAGAAAAUGUAUACUGGAGACAAUCAUCUACAUUGCAUGUUAGAGCAUUGACAUCUUGUUUUGCUAGAAUAACAUGGGAAGAAAAUUAGAAUAUAUAGGUAUUUUGAUUAUCUUACUAAACUCUGUUGCCUAAUUAGUAAUUACUGGUUUUUUCCUUGCAGGGCCCUCCAUUAAGUAUUGUACAUCCCAGCUAUGUUUUGUAUGCAUAGUCAUUUAUGGGUCCCUUCACAACGUCCCAAUGAGAUGGAAGAUGAGUUGGAUAUGCUAAGGUUAAGCUCUCAAGGCUGUCGGAUAUCUUCUACUUCUGGCAUGGAGGAACCAAGGCAGAAAAGGUCAUUUUCAAGAUAUCUUUCUUGUCCUAGUCAUCCAUGUUUUAUUCCUCAAACUUGAGGUAAUGGAGAAGACAAAUAGAAAAUCUAUUGCAAGUUGUUUUUUAGAUUCUACUGAUAUUGUCCUGACAUUAUCAAAUUGUUCACCUUAUCUGGAUGUCACUUGUGAGUAACAAAUGCAUACUAGUUUGAUGUCUCUCUCAAUGGAGAACCUUUUGUUUAUAUACACAAUAUAUAUUGCAUUCAAAC